GGGGCCAAAGAUAGCAGCACAAACCGAGCCGGCCUUCAACGGAUCAAAGCCCACCUGGAAGCUGAGGGACAAAGAGGGAGGAGGCCACCCAGGAAGAUCGCCCCUCUCGUGUCUUAAGAUGCGAACGUCCUUGCCUUUCCCGGCUCGCCAGAUCCUGCCCGUUCUCAAACGAAACGCACUUCAUUCACGUCCGGCCUGCAUAAAUCGUUCCUCUCCAAUGGGCACUUUGACAAAUUUUGCAUUUGAGAUUCUCGAAGCGAUGAAGAAGUUGAUGAAUUUUUACAAAACCGCUGGUUUCUGGGACGAGUUCUCCUUUACUCACAAAAGUUUGAAUGUAGUGAACGGAAGCGAUAAAAUGUUAGAGUCCCUCAUUUUAUAUCUUGAGGAAUUGAAGGCAAUCCUUGACAAACUCUAUGUUGAAAAAACAAGCAGGGCAAUCGAUCAAGAGGUUUUAAAAUUAAUGGACUCGAACGCUAGUGUGAUGAACAAUAGGCAAUGCAUGGACCGAAGUGCAACUGAUUACAGCUUGGUGACAUCGGAAUCAUAUUUUAAUGGUAAUGUGUGCCAAAGUCAGAAUCCGGCAAACACCGUGUUAUAUUACUACUUUCAGCCUACGUUACGAAAAGACUUAAUGCAAGAACCAACAUGUUACACCAAUUAUGAGCAUAUGUCUAAAAACCCACCAGAAACUAAAUGCGAAACACGUCAUGACAAUUUGUUCUGCAAGAAUCAUCCGGGCCAGGACAAUAGCGAGAAAAAUCUUCUUGGUCAUAAUGAAAAUUAUCCUACAAACAAUAUAUUUAGAGAUCAUAGCAUAGGGAAUAUAACGAAUAACCUCAAUGAAAAUAAUCAUGAAGGUGAUCUUCCAAAAGUUCAAUUUCAAUCGACAAAUUUGGAUACUAAUAAAAUUUGUAGAAUCAGCGAAAAACAUGAAACGUCAUCAUCAGAAACCCUUAAGCAUAUAGAAACAAAAACUGAUGAUACAUGUGAUUCGAAGGACUUGGAGCCAAAAGUUUGUUCUCAACUAAAACUGGACAUGCAUAAUUUAGAAAAUUCUGGGGGAAAAAUGUAUUGUUGUGAGCAAUGUGGAAAGCUGCUUUCUUCAAAAAGAAACUUGAUAUCACAUUUGACCAGGAUGCAUGAAUUUAACACAGAAAACGCACUUCACUGUCCUGAUUGUGGAAGGGUUUUUACACGGAAAUUCACUUUAGAAACACACAUGGCUAGGCAUAAAGGUAUAAAGCCCUUUUCAUGUCAUAUUUGUCAUAAAAACUUUGCUCAGAAAAUAACAAGGGAUGUCCACUUAGUGACUCAUACUGGAAAUUAUGAAUUUUCAUGUGAUAAAUGCUUAAGAAAAUUCUCAACUAAGUACAAGCUAAAAUUUCAUUUAAAAAGUCACGUGGAAGAAAUGUCUGUAAGUCAAAAUCAUUUUACAACACAGGAAAAUUCAACGGCAAAAUGUGCCUGGUGCAAUUUGACAUUUUCAAGCAAUGAUCAACUGUUAAACCACAACAAGAUUGAACAUAUUGAUGACAACCUAUACGUUUGUGUUGAACAAGGUUGUAAAGCGAAAAACAAAUCAUUUUUGGAAAAACAAUUAUUGGAAAAACACAACAAGAGGUAUCAUUCAUCUAAAAUCUUCUUUACUUGUGAGUAUUGCAAUGCCAGUUACAUGGACAAAAAGUCAUUAAGGCAUCACAUCAUUAGAAAGCAUAGCAACAUGCCAAAGCCCUAUCACAAAUGUUUGGUCUGCGGCAAGGGUUUCACCCUAAUGUCAAAACUGAACCGACAUUUCAAAAUUCACACUGAGGAGCCGAAAUUCCGUUGUGAUGUAUGUGGAAAGAAAUUCCAUAGGAGCGAUGCGUUGAAGCAGCACAUGUCGUCGCACGAGAAGACUGAAACGACAUGUACCAUCUGUGAUAAAAAGUUUAAAAAUAUCGACUGCCUCUCGAAGCACAUGGGCCUCCAUAUGAACCUCGAGAACACAUGCUUGCAUUGUGGAAAGACAUUUUCUGACAAAUUUGCCCUUGAAUACCAUCUAGCAAGACACGAGGGAAACUUUAAGUUUAUUUGCGAGACUUGUGGAAAAGGAUUUGUGAGGAAAUGUCACUAUGAUUCUCACAUCGGUAGCCACUCCUUGAUGGACACGUACGAAUGCAGUAUCUGUGAAAAAGGGUUUAAGGAUCUUCGUUACUGCAAAAGACACAUAAAGCGAUUACAUAAAGAAGGAGAACCAAGAGAAAAACUAAACAAACUUGAUUUCAACCAAAUAGUCAAUAAUUAGAAACACCACUUAUUUCAUUUCGUAUCAUUUUAUCAAAUUCUUGUGAAAAAAGGAAACAAAUAUGUAGAUUGUUUGGAAGUAAAAAUCUAAGCCAUUUUACAGGAAAACUAUGCGAGAUUUUCAUUCAGUUUUCUAGGUUUUAUUAUUUAUAAAAUAAAUGAAGAAUAAAUGUAAUGAAUGUAACGAUCAUUCAAAUGGUUUUACUCUUCCAGUUUACUAAUCCACAAUCUCAAGAGAUGGCAAGACUUGGACUUUCAGAUAAAAGAACUAUUCAAACUCAUAUUUUUCAUAUUGUUUAGGGCAAACAACAAUAUUUGUACUGUCGUAUUUUGAAUAUAAUUUGAAAAACUGGGUUAUAAACAAUUAUAAUUAUUUAUAUUGAUUUGUUAAUGGUUUUUAUUGGAGGACGAGUGAUGUAGUCCAAAUCAGAUGAUACCUGCCAAGCUUUCGAGCUUUUUAUUAUUUGUUAUUA